CGCUGUCUUCGUCGUCCUAUGAUUCUAGUCAGUCUCCUAUAGACUGCCGUGUCGUGUGAGGGGUUCUCUUCGUCGUUUCAACAUGAUUGUCUAAACAGAUAAAUCGGCUUUAAUUUUAGUCAUAAUUAUCCCUCAAGAAAGAUCCAAGCACAAUCUGUAAAAGAUGAGGGUCGUUGCGCUAGUUAGUGGUGGCAAGGAUUCUUGUUUCAACAUGAUGCAAUGUGUAGCAGCUGGCCAUGAAAUUGUGGCUUUAGCAAAUUUGUAUCCUGUUGGAAAAGAUGAUUUAGACUCGUUCAUGUACCAAACGGUAGGCUACCAAGGUGUCGAAUACAUCGCUAAAGCUAUGGGCUUGCCUAUGUAUCGUGAACCAACAUUUGGUAGGUCUAAAAUGCAAGAGAAAUAUUAUUGCCCUACAGAAAAUGACGAAGUCGAAGACCUUUUUAGACUGUUGAGCAAAGUAAAGGAGCGCGAAAAUAUAGAGGCUGUGUCAUCUGGUGCUAUUCUUAGUGAUUACCAACGAAUUCGUGUAGAAAAUGUCUGCAGUCGUUUAGGUCUUAUUUCCAUAUCAUAUUUAUGGAGACGGGACCAGGAGGAGCUGUUAAUGGAGAUGAUACAGAGUUCUGUUAAUGCAGUAUUGAUUAAAGUUGCAGCAUUGGGUCUCGAACCUAAGCAUUUGGGUAAAUCUAUAUCCGAAAUGCAAACUCAUCUUGUCAGAAUAAAAGAAAAGUAUGGAGUAAACAUAUGCGGAGAAGGUGGGGAAUACGAAACCUUUACUUUGGAUUGUCCUUUGUUUGGAAAAAGCAUUGCGUUUGAUGAGUAUGAGAGCAUUGUACAUACAUGUGACGACAUAGCACCUGUAGGAUACCUUAAUUUUACAAAGAUUCGUCUACUAGACAAAAAUAACGGUAUGGAACAGUUGAAUCUGGCGGAAAGAUUGAAAACUAUCUCGAUGAAAACAUCACAAGAUUAUAUCGCCGAAAUAGUUGGUCCGGUGCUACACGAUGGCUGCAAUUUGUCAGAUGACGAAAAUGACGAGCACGAGUGCGGAAACAACAGUCUGAAGACAUCGAAUUCCGGUCCAUUUAAUCCACCAAGCCCGAUGGAGAUUUUGUACGAAGAGGAGGAUUAUCCAGACGCACCGACUGUUAAUAGAAAUCAGAAGGGAUGGUUUUGGUUCGGCGGUAUUGCUGGAAAACGUCCGGACGUCACGUCCUCCGUAGAAGAGGCACUGGGAAAAUUAAGCACAUUAGUUGAAGACGAAAAUCUGCGAAUAUCUGAUAUCGUCGCGGUAACGUUGUACAUAAAAGACAUGUCAAGUUACAAGGCUAUAAACGAGGUAUAUACCUCCUGGUUGGGUAAAAGGAAUCCACCGGUUCGUGUAUGCGUAGAAUGUCCUUUGAACGUUCAUAUAGUACUAGAUGCGACGGCGUACAAGGAGAACCAAGAGUGCGGGGACAAGAAUGCCCACAAACGACACACAAUGCACGUUCAAAGUAUAAGUCACUGGGCACCCGCUAAUAUCGGACCGUACUCUCAAGCUGUUCGUGUGGGCGAUAUUAUAUCGGUCGCUGGGCAGAUACCUUUGGUGCCUGGCAACAUGACUCUUCUAGACUUGAAUAUUAAACGGCAGUGCCGCCUAACGAUGAGACACAUCGAUCGUAUUCUUAAGGCCAUGGACGCGAACACACAUCUCAGAGACAUAGUACAGGGCAUCUGCUUCCUGACGCAUCCCAGUUACAUAGCAGACGCAAGAAAGGAAUGGGAGAAGAGAUCAAACAACGCCAUCGUAGAUUACAUCGUCGUACCAAAUCUGCCGCGUGGUGCUCAGGUCGAAUGGUGCGUUUGGGCUCACAGAGAUAACAGGAGAUUUGAAUACGAAGAAACGGGAAGAUGCGUGGGCAAUUUUAAGGUGGCCAUUAGGCGUAGGUGGAAUUACGAAAACACCGUUUCAGCGAUUGUGUGUUACAUGUGUACCCGUUCGUCCAAUUCGACUGGCAAUAUAGCUACAGAGGCAUGUUUGCCAUCCACGGAACUGACUGAGAACGAACUGAUGGAAGCGUUUGAGUACGUUUUAUGCAAGCUUACGAAAGGCUCGCAGAGCGCGAAUCCGACGUGUAACCUGCGAGUAUUUUAUAAGGUUGGCAGCUCGCCGGGCCCGAACCUCGUCCACAGUGUCCUGUCUAAGUUUUCUACAGCGAAUUUAGUGAUUACUAUUGUACCGGCUACUCACUUACACAAUUUCAACACUUUCUUGUCUAUAUGUGGCAUUAGACACGAGUAAAUACUCAAAUUGUUUUUUUACAUUGUCAAUUAUUCGUCAGGAUUGAAGCGCGCAUUUAGGAUAAAGUCGCACAGGGAUUUGAAUCUGUGUGGUAAAUCUCUCGGCAAUUCGUUCCCGUCGUUCGGACGUAAUCGUAGCGGUGACUGAGAAAAAGCGAGCAGAUAUGCUAUUUUGUAAGAGGAGAUACACUUCCACAUUGUUCAUGUAUUUUAUCGUUUGCUGAUUUCAAGAAAACGUUCGAUACAUAGGAAUAAGUUGAAUAAAAUACAUACGAUUGUAUACCUGUAUUCCCAAAAACGCAAGAAGCUGAGAAAGAGAUUUGCGUGUUUCAAAGUUACGAUAAUCGACAGACCGAGAGAGAGAGACUUGAGAAGCGAGAAAGAAAAUAACAAAUUUAACGCUUCGAAAACCUCGCUGAGAAUACACGAGAUGUGAAAUUUUUACAACUUUAUCCACCAAGAUACUUAGAAAAGCCAUUGUUCAUAUGAACAGAGAAUCGAGAGAUGGAAAUUUCGGAUAUGUCCUCUUUUUGAGAGCACGACUUCGCCUACAUGUCUUUUUCACAGCCACCACUGUUCGAUUAGUUCGACAGUUGCGACGGGAUUGAAUGUGACGAAUGGUGAAAAACGGCGUUACAACGGCACCAAAGUACGCACCAUUAAGUUUUCCUGUGUGCGCAUAAUAAGGGGGAACUUGGUCGUGGUCGAAACGGUUCGCUGUUCUCGAUACUAUUUUGCUUUAUGUAUCGGUAUCCGAGUACUUCCUCGCGUUUCGUACGUGAGUCGACGAUCUUGACGUGGCAGUAGCAGUAUUCCGUAUUAACGCGAUACUUGUUGGUAGUGUGUCUGUUAAAAAAAAAAGUUAAAAAAAUACUAAAAAUUCGGUAAAAAAAAAAGAAAAAGAAAAUGAAAAUUUUUAAGUUAAGUUAGGAGACAAGGAAAAUUGAGAACCAAAAAUUCCACAGGAUUCGAUGAUCUUAUAUCGACUCACCGGCUGUGAUCCUGUAGAAUCCUUGGUGCAUGUAUUAUAUGUUUUAUAGCAUAUCAUCGGUAAUGUUAUCUAGAUUAGUAUAAUGAUUAUGAUAAUUUUACCUAUAAUUUUAACCACUCACAGUGUAACAAAAUUGUAUCGAUCAACCGUGCUUCUCGUUUAAUUAUCAUGAGCAAUACUUCUCGAUACUUGAAAACAUCGGCGAAUAUAACGUUAACGAGAAAUACGGAAUACCCUUACUGCUCGCUCAAUAUUUCCCGAUAACGUAGCUGCGUCGCUGCUCUUUUCAGCUGUACUCUGGUUUCGUUUCUCGCAAUUCUUUUCUAUCGUUUCCAUCAGAUUCUAGGGAUUACACGUGUUUCGCGUUUUUGAUACGUAGGAAAAGUCUGGGCAGUGCAGCUGGAAAGAACAGACCCUUGUAUUAGCUUGUAUACCGACUACUAGUCAAUGGCGGGACAGGUGCAAUUCUGAACUAUGAACCCGUCCUGUUAUAGUGCGUAAGUGCUCUUCAACAACGCGAUUGCACGUUAGUGAAAAGAAGAAAAAAUACACGUACGUGCGUACGACUCGUAUUGUUGUUACGCUACGUUUCAUUUUGUUUUAUCUUUAUCUCUUUGCUCAAAGUAUGUUUUACUUUUAACGGUGUUGUAUAAUCCACGUGCGGAGGAAUGUUCUAAUUGUGUGUGUGACGUUUCUCCGAGCAAGUCGAAUCGCGCACGACCACUUUAUUAGCAGCACUCGACAUUCAACUCGAAUUUUAAAGAAACUAGACGAGAAAGAAAUGGAAAAGGAGGGAACAGGAAAGGAAGCACAUCGAGGGGAAGAAAUCGCGACGUAACACCUCACGCAUGGGCGUUUAUAGCAAGGAGACGUGCGCUUUUUAAUUACGGUACAAUUGCAACGCGACAAAGAACGAGAAGCACACAUACAUCGCGUUCUUCCCCUCGACAGUAUUUCUCAUUCUCACGAUUACGUUAUCGGUAACGUUGCGAUCAUUAAUCGUGCAUCGCCGCCUGAUCGUUUCUUCGCCGAAGAAGAAAUAGUGCGAUUUAUAGAGGCGAAGAAGAAUACAAAAAAAGAAGGAGGGGGAAGGAUCUGCAAGAGCUAUGUAUUUCACUUAGCGAGAUGCUGCGCGGCGACUCCACACCUUUUGCGCGUAUGUCAUUGUUGCUUUAAAGAAGUAUCCUGUACAGGCGCGUUACAGUGCAAAUUAACGAGACUACUUUGACACUGAUAUACAAGGUUGAUGCAACGACAUGCCAAAGUUUAUAUUUUGCAACAACUUGCUCAUUUUUUUAACGGCCGCAAUUGCCGUAUAUCCUGUGUGUACAUAAUGCAACAUAAUCUAACACGAUCUUAUAAAUAUAUUGUAAUCAAUCUCCAGCGAAAAAAUUGAUUGACAGAGAAGAGAGAGAGAGAGAGAGAGAGAAUGUGUGCGUGUAUGUAUGUUGUAUAUGUGUGCGCGCGCGCGUGUGUGUGUGUGUGAAAGAGAAUGGAGCGCACUGUUCAAAAUGUGGAUACUGCGUCACGAUACGUAUGUAAAAACAGGGGAAAGAAGAGAAUGUUAAUCCGCAUCUAACUCUCGCAACAAAAGCACUAAUCCGAGGAUUAUGUCAUGAAAAGAAGAGAAUAAAAAAGAAAGUGAUAUAUAUUUUUAAGAAAAA